UUCACUGCUCCGCUAUGGUGGAAACCUCUCCCUUCAGAGUGCUAUGAGUGUCCGUUUCAACAGCAAUGGAACCCAGCUGCUGGCACUGCGUCGGCGCCUUCCCCCGGUCCUCUAUGACAUCCACUGCCGGCUGCCUGUCUUCCAGUUUGACAACCAAGGGUACUUCAAUUCAUGUACCAUGAAGAGCUGCUGUUUUGCAGGUGAUCGUGAUCAGUACAUCCUUUCGGGCUCUGAUGACUUCAAUUUGUAUAUGUGGAGGAUUCCUCCAGAUCCAGAAGCAGGUGGCAUUGGCCGGGUCGUCAAUGGUGCUUUUAUGGUACUGAAAGGUCAUCGGUCAAUUGUAAACCAAGUCCGGUUUAAUCCUCACACUUACAUGAUCUGUUCUUCUGGUGUUGAAAAGAUUAUAAAGAUCUGGAGUCCUUACAAACAGCCUGACUGCACGGGGGAUCUGGAUGGUAGAAUUGAGGAUGACUCGCGUUGCCUCUACACUCAUGAAGAGUACAUCAGUCUUGUGUUGAACAGUGGUAGUGGUUUGUCUCAUGAUUAUGCCAACCAGUCAGUCCAGGAAGACCCACGGAUGAUGGCCUUUUUUGACUCCCUGGUGCGUCGGGAGAUCGAGGGCUGGAGUUCUGACUCGGACAGCGACCUCAGUGAGAGCACAAUCCUGCAGCUCCACGCAGGAGUAAGCGAACGUUCUGCUUACAGUGAGUCAGAGUCCUCUGCCUCUUUGCAUCAUUCCCCACCACAUGUGGCUGAAGAGUCUGAUGAAACUGCCUAUAACUUAAGGGCCUUAAGAUCAACUGAAUCCCCCUCAGCCAGAGAAGAUGUGGCUUCCCGUCAGCAGAGGCUCUCUGCCCUGAGAAAGUAUCAGGAUAAACGUCUCCUGGCCCUUUCCAAUGAGUCUGAUUCUGAUGACAAUACCUGUGAGGCAGAACUAGACACAGACCUUUUCCCACGGCCACGGUCCCCGAGUCCUGAGGAGAAUGAAUCCAGCAGUUCAAGCAGCAGCAGCAGUACAGAAGAUGAAGAGGAGCUGAAUGAACGACGCACAUCUAUGAGGCAACGCAAUGCACUGAGGCGCCAACAGAAGAUGCAAAAGGAGGAAAGGACUAGUACUAACACAGAGAAUGUGACCCCCUACAUAGGUGAGGACAUCUAUGAUUACCCCCAGAUCAAAGUAGAUGACCUAUCUUCUUCUCCAGCUUCUUCGCCAGAAAGGAGUUCAGCCAACAAAGAAGUUGUCAAAGAAAGGACCUCUCCUUGUUCAGACAGUGAAUCAGUGGAGAGAAAGAUUUACAAAGCUUACAAAUGGCUUCAUUAUUCUUACAUAUCAUAUUCAGCUAGCAAAGAUGGUGAGUCCUCCAGAGGAGAUGGGGAGAAUGAUGAAGGGAAACCAGGAACUAGUGGAAGGCACAGUACAGCAUACUCGUUAAAUAAGGAAGAUGCUAGGAACUUGAGUUCAGUAGUUCCUCAAGGUUCCCCAGCUCUUUCUGUGGAAAGCCACAACAAAGAAACUUUAAAAGAAUGUGGCUUGGUAGAAAAUUCUAGUAACGGUCAAGCUCAUGACUGUGACAAUCAGCGGUGGAUGGAGGGUCAAGAAAACACAUCUGAAGACACUAGCAGUGGAGGUGUAGAGCAUUCUUUUGAGACUAAAAAGCUCAAUGGAAAAGCUAACUGCAAAGGGCUGAUUAGUUGUACCGAAGAACCGUGCAUUCAGACUGCAGGACUCGUGGAACAGAAAAAUAGUCAGAACUGUCAACCAGCAUCGAGCCAUCACUCACUGGUCCCUCCAUUCUCUACUGCUGCCAUCUGUAGCAUGUCAGGUCACUGCUCCAGAAACCAAACUGAUGACAGUGAGGAGAGGAGCCUCGACACCUCCUGUGUUAACCACAAUAACGGCCACUUGCAUCUUCGCCCUUCAUGCUUCAACAAUGGACAGAGCUUUGGAGAGCAGGAGGCUGUGACACAAGGACUACAGGUGCACUCAAAUGCUGAUAAUGGCAACCUCGUACAGGUGGGUGUGACCUUGCACAAAGACUGCUGCCUGUCUGAAAUGGACUCCAACAGCUACAAUGUGAGCACAAGAGAGGAUACUGCUGACUUGCAUCCUAUGGUCAGUGAGAGCACCCAAUCUCUUGGAGGACUGAAAAGACACAGAGCAGAGUUGGAAGAUGCAGAUUCAGAGAGUUCAUCCCUAGAAAAGAAGUUAAAAACAUGAUAAAUGCAAAUGUCUGUCGUAGUGUGCACUCAAACAAAAA